AACACACGUCUGCUCUCUAUGCUGUUUGCGUCUUGAUGGAAAUGCGACUCUGAACCAAAACAUAACAAACAAUCAAGACAAGGAUUUCGUGGCCCCAAUUGAAUGCAAAUAUUGUUGAUCUGAGAAAUUGCGAUAUGGCGAACAGGCGUGCGAUUGCCAGCAACGUCGACUGGCAGGUGGACAAGAAAAGUAAUUCAGACAGAGCCAAGUAUUUGUUCGAGACCAGCCUUUACUGCGACUGUGAAUUCCUCGUUGGAAACGAAGAAGAGAAAGAGUUGGUGAAAGCGCACAAAAUUUUCCUGGCCAUGGGGAGCCCUGUUUUCGAAACCAUGUUUUACGGUGGUAUGGCACAAGCCAAUGCUGGCCGAUCAGUAACCACAGGAUCAGAUGCAAUAGAAGUACAAGACAUUCAACCUUUUGCCUUCAAAGACUUGUUAGAGUUCAUUUAUACAGAACAUGUUGAUCUCAAGUCUUUUGAGCAAGCCUACGAGAUUUCCUACGCAGCCAAAAAGUACAUGGUGUCUAGCCUGGUGGAGAAGUGUUCCCAAUACAUGUGGAAGGAUCUCAUUCCCGAUAACGUGUUCAGAGCCCUUGAAUUUGCAAACUUGUUUGAAGACUCUUUACUCAAGGAGAGAAGUCUGAACCUGAUUCGAUGCCGCACAAAGGAUUCCCUGUCGCACGCCCCGUUUGAGGACAUUACGGAAUCGACGCUGUUGAUCCUGGUGAAGGAAGACGAUCUCGUCAUCAGCGAGACGGACCUGUUUGAUGCCGUCAAACGCUGGGGCACCAAAGAAUGUUCGAGAAGAGAAAUCGACGUCAGCGGCCCAAAUUUACGACUGGUCCUGGCCAACAUCAUAGGGCACAUUCGGUUCCUGACGAUGACCAACGAGGACUUUGCCAAUUCGCCAGCCAUGUCGGGCAUCCUGACGCAAGAAGAAAGCUUCGCCAUCCUGAUGAACAUUAGCUGCCGCGACAAGUGGCCCAUGCCUUCCCAGUUGUCUUCGUCCAGGCAGUCGCGCUACACGGCUCCCUACAACCUCAACUUUGGCGAGCACUCGCCCGGCAACAGGAGUCCCGUUAGCGUGUGUGGCAGGAGUGUCGAGACGACUCCCAUUUUGUCGUCGCCCGGCCGAAUUUACUGCCAGAGGCGAGUCGAAGGCGAAACAUUGGUGCACAACACGGGCAUAUUAGACUGUGCGGUGGCGUUGACGGUCGACCGAAACAUUUGCAUCCAAGGAAUCGUCAUCUCGUCACAAGCAAACCACACAGAUUCGACCAAUUGCGACCCAACGGGAGGCUACACGGAGCUGUUGUACUGCCAUCUGUUGGAUCGCGACGGGACGCGAUUGACGUACUCGCAUUUCAGCGGGCGCUCACCCAGGCGAUCGACGAUCGACGUCUUUUUCAACCGGCCCGUCUACGUCCAGCGCAACCGCGAGUACCGCAUCUGCGUCGUCCUCAACCGCUGCGGCUACUACCCGCUGGGCACCGGCUCCUCCUGGGUCAUGACGCAAGGGGUCCACUUCCGGUUCCGCUCCUCGUCCACCGAUCCGUUCCCGCUCAACGACGGCAUCCGCGACGGUUUCAUCCGCGGCGUCAUCUUUUCUUUUUGAAAACUCUCAGAAUGAAAAAAAACAAAAAACAAAACAAAA